AAGAAGAAUACAAAAACGAAGAAAAUGAAGAGCAGCGAACACAAUACCAAGAUGCAGAAGAAAUGAAUAUCGAGGAAGACGAAAUUCCAUUAACUACAUAUAAGGCAAUUAACGACGAAGUAGCAGAAAGACAGGACAAAUUAGAAAAGCAAAUUGAGCAUAUGGGAAGAAUGUUAACCGAAUUGUUAGAAAACGGUCAGUCAGCAAUCACAAAAAAGAAACAGCAGUCGCAAAGACAAUAG